AUGAGUGAUAUCAGUGUUGAAGCAGUGGAGAAUUGGCGAGUACUACCGAAAGAAUGCCUUGGGGAAGUGCUUGAGAGAAUCACAAAUGAGCUGACAACGAAGUUCACGUUCGAGAAUAUCAGUGUAAAGACUCGAAAAGCCAUAAGCAAGCUAUUUGUUGAAUUAUUUGAAUCACAAGAAAGCGAUGAAGCAAUGCCUUCUGCAGCAACAGCAAUGAAUUUGUGUCGAUUACAAAUUUGUUUCAUGCGAAUUCUAUGUCGUGAUCAAAAUAAUUUGGACGGUAUCCUAAUUGAUGAUCGAAUCUCAAGAUUUAUCGUUAAAUUUGCAUUGUUAACUGAACAAGAAACACCACUAUCAACCUUCGAAUGUAAUGAGCGUAUCGAUACACUGAAUGGUGAUGGAAGAUCAUCAAAAGAGUUGAUUAAAACGAAGUUGAAAUAUUUAAAUGAAUUGACAGAGACGGAUAUUAAUCGUUUGGCUUUAUACGACUUGCGUAUCGCGUUUAUUUUGACGGCACAUUCUUUAAAAUUGCAGACCGACUGGUUAAGCGCAGGUAAUGAUGUGUUAUUCGAGCGAAUUAUCGCAACUGCUCUCGAGCAACAUCAAGAUGAACUGAAGUCAGGAAGGCAAACAAAAACAGCAAGUCUUAUAAGUGCGCACUCGUCGUCGACCUCAUCAGCAGCAGUAAGACAGCCGCCGACGCCAUACGCGGAUCGAUGCAUGGAAGCGUUGAAAGUUCUCUUCAAUCUCUUCUGUCACACCAAUGAAAAUAACAUCGAAAAUAGCAACAAACACAGUAUGGAGCAAUGCGCAAGGACGUGCGCCAACGUGGUACUCUUGGACGACGUUGAACCGAGCAUCGAGCAGGCGGCGGUCAAUGUACUUGCCACUAUACCAUCCGUGUUGGGAGUUCUUCUUAGCGACGAAGUAGAUUUUCUGAACUUCUUUCCGAAGAAUUUGCAAAUCAAAUUCACAAAAACAGCAACGAAAGCAGCAAAACCACAUUUGGAUUUGCAAUAUGAUGGAGUUGAUAUGCGUUUCGUUGACGUACUUUUGAAUUCACUCAAUCGUCGUAUUGAGCCGGAAAUUCAUGAUGAAUAUGAACUGCUGGGAACGUAUUUCACUGUUUUAAUUCAUUUGUGCACACACUCAAAAGAAGCACGGCGAUUUGCACGACUAAAGGUGAUGCCACCGUUACAUGCACAUGAUGUUGAGCGACGACCGGAUGAGGGAAAUGAGUUUCGAAAUAAGGUUGUUCGAAUAAUGAUGAGCAGUUGUAAUUGUAGACAGUUGGCCGCUGAAUUCCUCUUCAUUCUUUGUAAACGAAGUGUGAAUCGUUUGUUGAAAUAUUGCGGCUUUGGGAAUGCGGCUGGUCUUUUAGCCAAUUAUGGUUUCCUGGGUGCCAUAAACCAACCACGUGCUUCAGAUAGUGAGGAUUCGGAGACAGAAGAUUACAAAGAAGUGGAAAAUUUGUUAGUUGGAAUGUCAGAAGAGCAAAAAGAAUAUGAGGCGAUGCAGUUAGUGAAUGCGAUGAGUAAAUUAAUGGACCAAGGUGUGAUAUCGCCAGGUACGAUUGGAGAUGAUGGGCGCAUACGUGCUGUGAAACAUAUCCUUGAAUUAACUGAAACUAAUGAUAAGAACAGGAAUAAAGAAGAAGGUGAUGAUGAUGACGAUAGUGAAAGCUAA